AUGGCUUUCACCGCAUCAGAUAUCUGCAAAAUCAUCUUCGCCAUCCUCCUACCACCCGUCGGUGUCUUCCUAGAACGCGGAUGCGGGGCAGACUUGCUCAUCAACAUCUGUUUGACCGUCCUGGGCUACAUCCCUGGCAUCAUCCAUGCUCUAUACAUCAUCCUCAAAUACUAG